CUCUGCGGAAUGGGUUGGCCCUCGUCCUCAUCCUGGAACCUCCCUCCCCUGGUCCUAGACAGAAGCAGAAGAAAGUCUCCUAUCUGAGCCAGCCUCUGGAUGUCCUGCUGGAGGGGUGGUGAUAGAGGAGGUGAUUUUCUCAAGUCCUCUGGGCUGAGGGCUGAGGCCUGAGGCAAGGGGAGUAGGAUGGACAGUGUGUCCAUCUGUCAGCAAGCCAUCCCCUGAGUCCCCAUUGGCCAUGGGUGGCAGGGCAGUGGAAGAAGAGGGAAAGGAGAGGAGGCCCCAUCCACUGAAAGUACCAAGUGCAGUAAGUGGGCUGUUUCAGUGGGGGUGGGGGGUGAUGUGCAGAGCGAGGGAGCUGGGUGCCUCUGAGUCAGCCCAGUCAGGCUAGCUGUGGGAAAGGCUUGUCGGCGUUUAGACAAGCAGACCUUCUGUGAUUUUCUCAGCUUCACUGCGGAGGACCCUGAAGAAAACAGGCACCACCUCCACCCAGGUGUUGAGGCCCAGUCCUGGAGUAGGCCGCCGGUCCUCCUAGCCCCCCAGCCCCCCAGCCUCGCAUACGGUCACUGGACAGCUCCAUUUCCCCGCCACCACCAGCGUCCAGAAUGGCUUAUUCUGAGGAGCAAGGAGGUGUCCCCUGUGGUUUCAUCCGCCAAAAUUCUGGCAACUCCAUUUCCUUGGACUUUGAGCCCAACACAGAGUACUGGUUUGUGGAGCAAUUAGAAGAACGCUACAAAUGUGCCUUCUGCCACUCCGUGCUGCAUAACCCCCACCAGACAGGCUGUGGGCACCGCUUCUGUCAACACUGUAUCCUGUCCCUGAGAGAAUUAAAUGCAGUCCCACUCUGUCCUGUAGAUAAGGAGGUUAUCAGAUCUCAGGAGGUGUUCAAAGACAAUUGCUGUAAAAGGGAAGUCCUCAAUUUAUAUGUGUACUGCAAAAAUGCUCCUGGAUGUAAUGCCAAGAUUAUUCUGGGACGCUACCAGGACCACCUCCAGCAGUGCCUGUUUCAAGCUGUGCAGUGUUCUAAUGAGAACUGUCAGGAACAAGUCCUUCGGAAAGAUCUGAAAGAACAUUUGAGCGCACGUUGCCAUUUUCGAGAGGAAAAGUGCCUUUAUUGCAAAAAAGAUGUGGUAGUAAUCAGUCUGCAGUAUCAUGAGGAAAACCUGUGUCCCGAGUACCCAGUAUCUUGUCCCAACAAGUGUUUGCAGAUUAUUCCAAGAACUGAGGUGGAUGAGCACCUCGCUGUGUGUCCUGAAGCUGAGCAAGACUGUCCCUUCAAGCACUACGGCUGUACUGUGAAGGAUAAACGGGGGGUCCUGCAGGAGCACGAGCAUUCAGCCUUACGGGACCACAUGCUUCUGGUUUUAGAAAAGAACUUCCAGUUAGAAGAACAGAUUUCUGAUUUAUAUAAGAGCCUAGAGCAGAAAGAAAGUAAAAUCCAGCAGCUAGCAGAAACUGUAAAGAAAUUCGAAAAGGAGUUCAAGCAGUUUGCACAGCUGUUUGGCAAAAAUGGAAGCUUCCUCUCAAACAUCCAGGCUCUCUCCAGUCACAUUGACAAGUCUGCUUGGCUAGAAGCUCAAGUGCGCCAGCUGCUGCAGACGGCCAACCAGCAACAAAGUAAAUUUGAUCUGAGGGCUUUGGUGGAAGCGAUUGAUACGGUGAAACAGAAAAUCACUCUGCUAGAAACCAAUGAUCAAAGACUAGUUGUUCUGGAAGGGGAGACUAGCAAACACGAUGCCCACAUUAAUAUCCACAAAGCCCAACUGAAUAAAAAUGAAGAGCGAUUUAAGCUGCUAGAAGGGGCCUGCUAUAAUGGCAAGCUCAUCUGGAAGGUGACAGACUAUAAGAUGAAGAAGAGGGAGGCGCUGGACGGGCACACGGUGUCCAUCUUCAGCCAGCCCUUCUACACCAGCCGGUGUGGCUACCGGCUCUGCGCUAGAGCGUACCUGAACGGGGACGGCUCCGGGAAGGGCACACACCUGUCGCUGUACUUCGUGGUGAUGCGAGGGGAGUUUGACUCCCUGUUGCAGUGGCCGUUCAGGCAGAGGGUGACCCUGAUGCUUUUGGACCAGAGCGGCAAAAAGAACCACAUUAUGGAGACCUUCAAGGCCGACCCCAGCAGCAGUAGCUUUAAAAGACCUGACGGGGAAAUGAACAUUGCGUCUGGCUGUCCCCGCUUCGUGGCGCACUCCACUUUGGAGAAUACCAAGAACACCUACAUCAAAGACGACACCAUGUUCCUGAAAGUAGCUGUGGAUUUAACUGACCUGGAGGACCUCUAGUCCCUGUGUGGGGUGAUGAAGGGCGUGCCGGGCCAGAACCACGGUGGAGGAUACCUGUGAUUAUCAUAUGGAUGGACCAGAGCUCAGUACACAUUUGUAGGGGCUUGUCACCCCUGAUGUUUGAAGUCAGUUUAAAAACUUCUCAAGCGCUAUCUGCUUUUUACAUUUUACUCUGUCCCAUUUUGAAACUUAAAACACUUAGACUAUCCUCAUUAUUUAUAUUUUUAUCUCUCUUAAAAGAUGUCAAGUUUCUUGAAAGCAAGGUCUGGGGCCUCUCUCUUUUACUGGUGCUUGGCAUGGUGUCUCAGAGCAGGCACUGUGUGGAAUGUUACCGAGGACACAGAGGAAGAAUUGAAAAUGCCCCAGCAUUUUAUUAUUUGGCCUGCUGAUUCUAGACCUGACCAUAAGCCUGCAAAAGCCAUCUUUCAGGAUAGGCUGUCCCCAUUACACAGUUGGGUGGUGUGCUUUCAAAGACAGUAGGCCUGGUUUGGACCAGAUUUUAUUUGGUCCAGUACUAAAUUUGUGGAAAUCACUAUGCCUCUAAACAUUUUCAUUAAAAAAUUACCAGUAGUCAGCAAGUACAGUUUUGCAAGGCUGCAUUAG